AGAAACCCUCCUUUCUCUGGGGAACUUCCUCUGAGAUCCCUCUAUAAAAUGUCAAAGGAGAGUCUGAGCUUUGUGAACCCUGCAUGAGCAGGAAGACCUCUGGGCAGACUCUGAGGGGCCCGUUCAGUACAAACCAAUAAAGAAGAAAGCCGAGAUGAAAGUCCCCCUUCUUCUGGCUCUUCUACUGGGGACAGUUUCAACUCUCCAUCUGGGGACUCAAACAUCGAACUCUGAGAGCUUCUUAGGAGAUGAGGCCGUGCCUCAGGAUGGGGAGAUGCCAGAAAACGAGGCAAAGGAGGCCCCUCCGGGGGAGCUGACGUUGCUCAAGGAAGAGGAGGAGGAGUACUCUGGAAGUGAAGAUGCCCCUGAGGAGGGGUCUGUAGAGUCUUCCCUAGCCCUGGAUGCAGAGGACGAGGAAUUUCAGUGCCCUAAAGAAGAGGACACGGUGAAACUGGAGGACAGCCCUGGGUGCAAGAACUGUCGCCGCUUCCUCCUGGUGAGGAGAGCGAGGAGAUUUGAUUCAGCUCAGUUUAUUUGCCGGAGAUGCUACAGGGGCAACCUCAUCUCUGUCCACAACAUCUACUUCAAUCGCCGGCUCCAGUGCUCAGUCAGCAGGCUCAACCAGGGCCAAGUCUGGAUCGGAGGCAGGGUCGUAGGCUGGGGUCGCUGGAAACGCUUUUGCUGGGUUGAUGGCAGUCGCUGGGACUUUGGAUACUGGGCUGCUGGCCAGCCCCGGGCCGGGGGUGGCAAAUGUGUGGCCCUGUGUACCCGAGGAGGUCACUGGCGUCGCACUCGUUGCCGCAGGCAACUCCCCUUCAUCUGUUCCUACUGAGCGAGACCCAGCCAGGAGUCCAGAGCCACCCACUCCCGGGUAGCUGCCUCCCCUCCCCACCUGCUGCCCCUGCUUCCAGCCCCCAGCAAUAAAACUGCUUCCCUGAAACU